CCCAUCCACCGAGGUUGAAAAUGGAACCUGGGUUUUGCAUUUUCCUUCUUCAAUGGGAACUAGGGUUCUUACUGCUCUUCAGAACCGAAGAAAACUGGAGACUGGACUUUCCGCAAUUGGCACAAAUUGAUCAGUAAGGUGAAGAAGAGUAGGAAGCUAUGGCGAGUAUCCAAUCCACUGCAAGGGCGCAAAUCCAUGUGCCCAUUGAAAUAGCUAUCGAAAUCUUAUCAAGAUUGCCCGUGAAAUCUCUCCUCCGAUUCAAAUCCGUGUGCAAAACCUGGUACGCUCUCAUCAAAAGCCCUCAUUUUGUAUCCAAACACCUCAUCCAGUCCACUCUCAACCCCAGUCCCCCUUUCAGCUCUCUCCUUGUAUCCACUAGCGACACCAGCAACAAUCACUCGUCAUUGCUUCACUUGAACCAUCCAUUUCAUGAGCAUACAGCUCUUGAUUACCCUUUCUUGACCGAGUGGGAGGAUUUCUGCAUUGUGGGUAAUUGUAAUGGCUUGUUUUGUUUUUACAAGUGUGAGUAUCCUGUGAUUCUUUGCAAUCCCGCAACCAGAGAUUUUUGCCGAAUUUCCAAUGAUGUAUGGUGGGACCAUACGAAUGUUGCUUUUGGGUUUGGUUUCCAUCCCAGUGCUAAUGAUUACAAGUUGAUUAGGAUUGUGUCUUGGGUGUGUACCCCUGACGGGAAAUUCUUUGUCCAAACUGAUAUGUUCGAAAUGGGCAGCAAUAAAUGGAGAGAAAUUGAAGCAAAAAUGCCUUCGGUUUAUGGCGAGGAGGUUGUUGAUGCUGUGGAAUAUGAGAUUUUGGGAUGCUAUACUUCAGCUUUUCUCAAUGGGGUUUUCUACUGGCAGGCAACUGUUUCAGUAAGUGAUGAAGUGAUUGUUGUGUCGUUCGACAUGGAUAAUGAGGUUUUCCAGAUAAUAAGAACGCCACAUACUUUGGGUGGGGUUCGGAUUCGGGAGGAAAUUAUUUCCCUUACCAAAUUUGUGCAGCUAAAGGAUAAACUCUGCUUGAUUGAUUAUCAUGACGAGAGAUGCCUUGAUGUGUGGGUGUUGAACGGAAAUGAGAAGUCUUGGACUAACCAAUUCAAAAUUGGAUGUUUUCCAAGAAUCGAGAAUUUGGUGGCACGUGGAGAAUUUUGGCGAAUUAGACUAGUUGGAUGUAUGAAAAAUGGCGAUCUGAUAGUGGUGGUCCUUUUGGAACCUGGUGAUGGAAAGUUAUUUUUGUAUGAUCCGAAGAGCCAAGAAACUAAGAAUCUUUCGGCUUUUGAUCAGGUUCGACAUCUGUGUCAGAUUUGUUUGUACACGGAGACCCUGGUUCCAGUAUAACGAAAACAAUGAAAAUAAAAAUGCCAGUGAAGUCGUGCUUAAGGAGAACAAAAUGAAACAAAGGAAGCUAUGAAUUCAUGUAUGAGACUCAGUUGCAGAUGUGAUGCUGUGGAGGAGAAAGCUCUUACAGUGGGGAUCCCGUUACUUCUUUUGAGGCAAGUAAAGCAAUUUAAGACAAUCAGUUGUGGGCUAUAUGCGCCGUGGUUUAUCUGAAAGUUCUUUUGACUGUAACUGAAGUACAAAUGCUGAAGUGGACGUGGGUACUUUGAAUCCUCUUUUAACUGUUUAGAAGUGCAAAAACAUUUUGCGCAAUUAAAAUGGUAUAGAGCGAGCACCACCUCGUAUUCAAAGACAGAAAAUAACUUAAAAACACCAUGGAGUUGGAAAAUAAUAAGUCCUUGAGCGAUAACCAAUUGAGAAUGGGACAGCCUGAAAUUGGAGUCUGUAUGAAGAGAAUACUAGAGUUUAGGCCAUCUAGCAUAUUCUAUCAUAAAGAUUCUUAACCCAGAGGCUCCAUUCGUAUGGUUAUUUUGUUUAUGUGAUAAUAAGAUAGAAGUAACUUCUUCCAUUCCGUAGAAAGCGAGACUUAGAUUAAUUAGUUCAAUAUGAGACGGAGUAUGCAUGUAAGUAGCUAUUACAGUGUAAUUAUGCUUUAAGGUCCAACUUCAUGAUUUGCAUGACAACUUGCCAUUGUAGCAUGGUUAUGUUAUGGUAUAUCGUCUACGUUCUGAUUAUUUAAGUAUAACUUUUUUUUAAUUAUAAAGCUUACAUGCUGCAGUUAUUGCUUUAUAGAUUGGCAUUAAAUGGAGCCUGAUUUUGCACUUAGGUAUUCUAUUCCAGAAGCUACCAAUAAUGGUUUCAUUCUCCCCAAAAACUGUAUCCAAUGUUGCACGAUCAUUUUGAUACUCUUGGAACUUCAAAAGAUUGAGUUUGAUUGAUUAUGGAACUCUCAAAAUUAUCCCUGCAUCAUCUGAGGUCGUCCUCAGAAGUUCUAUCAGUUGUUUCAAGCUUACAAAUAUAUUCAAGAUUAAAUGACAUGAAUACAUUAUCAUAUCUUAUAUUCGCUGACGACUCUUUGAAUUUUAUUUUUUUUGGCAGGGUAGUGGGAGAAGAUUGUGCAGUGGUGAACCAAAUUUGGAUCAUACAGGCAAGCAUCUGAUCAGCUAGUGAAUAUCCACAAAUCCUCAAUUCUAUUCAGCUCUAACACAACAGUAGAAAGAAGAAUGGAGUGCUGAAAACUUCUGCGAUUUGGUACUAGUUAAGAGGAAAGAAAAUACUUGGGGUUUUCUUAUAUCAUCGGAACAUCCAAGAGGACAGCGUUAAUGUACAUCAAGGAAAGGGUGAUGAGCAAAAUCAAAGGUUUGAAAGGGAAACUCCUGAAUCCUGCUGGAAAAGAGGAAAAUCAGUCCUCUUAGUGCUGCCAACUUAUCCUAUGACCUGUAUUAAAAUUCCUCUUGGCAUGUUUAAGAUGUAGAAUGCAAUUAUUUCUCAAUUCUUUUGGAGUGGAGCUAACGACACAAGGAAAAUUCACUGCAUUGGAUGGGGGAAAUUGACUGAUGUUAAAGGUAAGGGUACUGGAUUGGGUUUCGGGGACUUACAAGCCUUUAACUUAGGCAGCCUUUGAGCAAACCUUUUUAGGGUCCUUUUGGGCCUUUGAACCAGCAAAAAGAUUAAAGUGUUUGGCAAGAUGCGAAGAACUUUUUGUACAAGUAAAAAAUACUAAAGUUUUUGAACAAGAAAGUUUCUCGUCAUUUACAUACAAUUAGGUUAGCCCAAACAAAUUGUCUUCUACUCAAAGACAUUUUCACAAAAUAAGCAAAAGACCGUUAAAAGUUUGUCCAAAGGCCCCCUUAGCUAUGCUUGCUAUGCAAGGAUGGAGGUUGGUGGGUGAGGAUUUACUUUUCUUCAUUGAAAGCCAAAUAUUUCCCCAACUGUACUUUUUUGGAAGCACAACCAAGUCAAGCGGCUUCAUGGGCUUGGCAAAUUUUCUUGGCCGGUAAGGAAAUGGUGGAAAAAGAUUGGAAAUUGCAAGUAGCGAAUGGUGUGCAAAUUAAGGUUUAGGGGGAGCCUUGGCUUGGUGACCCUUUAUUUCCGAAAAUCUUAACUCCAAACCCAUGGAUAGUAGAUGCAACGUAGUUCGUUACCUUAUUGAUGUGGAUCGUAUGGGAUGGAAUGGAAUGAGGAGUUUAUUGAAGUCCUGAUCCAGCGUGAUGUUGAGCAGAUUCUCAGUAUUCCACUAGGUACAUAUGGGGUGCAAGACAAACGGAUAUGGGCAGGGACCUCGGAUGGAAAAUUCUCAGUGUAAUCAGCGUACGUUAUUGCGAAGGAAGCUGGGCAUAGAAACAGAAAC